CAUGCCACCACGCCCAGCUAAUUUUUUUUUUGUAUUUUUAGUAGAGAUAUGGUUUCACCAUGUUGGCCAGGAUGGUCUCGAUCUCUUGACCUCGUGAUCCUCCCGCCUCGGCCUCCCAAAGUGCUGGGAUUACAGGCGUGAGUCACCAUGCCUGGCCGAUCCUCAGACAUUUUUAAUUUUCCUUUUUUAGUGUUACAGCCAGCCAUUUGAAAAAUGAGACUUCCCCCUAACCUUGCGUCAAACUCAGAGACGUUGUCAUCUUGGCUUUGAUGUGGUGGAGGAGAGGGGCUUCUUAUUCCGGGACGGGGUUUCUCCACCUGGGGCCUGCGGACACUGGGGCUGGAUUGUUCUCUGGGGUGGGGCCAUCCUGGGCACUGAGGGUGCUAGCAGCAUCCCUGGCUUCCACCCACUCCAUGCCAGGAGCACCGCCCCCGAGGCAUGGCAAACACAAAUGUCUUCAGACACUGCCAGGUGUCUCCUGGUGGGCAGAAUCGCCUCCAUUUGAGGACCCCUGGACCAGGGUGCUGGAAUGGGGUGAGGGGCACUCUGCAAUUAUUCUCUGCUUUUUUUUUGAGGGGGGAAAAUGGAAACCAAGAGCCCAUCAUCAGCCUCGUGGCUCUGUGGUUUGACACUGCCAUGCUACCAACAAAAACCACGUCCCUAGACUUGGGGGACCAAGGAGUCUGGAGGAAUAUGAUGAUAGUCAUUUAAUGAGGGUAGGUUUAUGUAUUACUCAAGUGCUGGGCUGGGGAGUCAGGACAUAGCCACAGGGAAGAAAACAGAAAGGUCCUUCCCUCUUGGAAGCCCCUCUUGAAACACCUAAUUGGUGACAUGGUACACCGGAGAAUCAGAGAGUGUCACUCAAGCAUUUUGGCUUGGUGGUGGGGCGGGGGUGGCGGGUCAGGCACUCAAGCACCCCUAAGCUGAUCUGGAGAAAGUGUCGGGGAAGGGGAACAUUAGCGUUUCUCCCUGAGGAAUCAUCUUACACCCAUAAUGGCAACUGGCCCACAGUAACAUUGAUGGAGCAAGUGUCUUCUUGUGGCUCAGCCACUCAAUAGCUGUGUGACCAUGGGCAGGUUACUGAACCUCUCUGUGCCUCAGUCUUCUCCUCUGUAAAAUGGUAACAUCUAGGAUUGUUGGGGGAAAUAAAUGGUUAAUAAUUGGAAUAGUGCUGGGUGCAUAGGAAACUCUAAGUGUUACACAGCAUGUAGCCACAACCUCCCCUCCCCCCUCCUCUCUCCUCUUUGCUGCUGCCCUGCUGCCUUAAUGGGAUACUCCCCUCUCUGUCUCUGUCUGUCUGACUGUCUGUCUGUCUGUCUGUCUCUCUCUCUCUCAUCCCCUUUUCUUUCCUCUGUUCCCCCACCCCCACCUCUGAUGCAGUUUGGACCAAGUUUUCUUCAGCCAGCUAAUUUAGAGACAAGAACCUGGAUAUUUAUUGGGCGUUUGGGGGACUUCCUUACAGCCCUAGGUCUCUGUGAAAAGGGCCCUGGAUUAUCUCUGCAAAAGCCCACCUGCUUUUUGUUAGCCAGGACUGUCUCCACUUUCAGACACCAGCUUCAUCCAAACACUCUUUGCUGUAUUUAUAACCACGGUGCAUUUCCUCGGGACGCACAUCUUACGGCUUCUUGGCCCCUUCGCCCAGGGUGCACUGCCUGGACCAUCGCCCUCCGGCAGAGACAGUGUCUUUCUUUGUAUGUUCUCCUUCCUCUGGUCGAGAUGUGGCUUGGUCACCUGGAGUGGGGCCGUCGGCAAGUCGCCUGGGCUUCGUGGAGGCUCGCUGCCCCCACGGCGGAAAGCUCGGCCACACACCCUGAUGUCUCGACACUUUUGAGCUGCCCAUGAAUGUGUUUUCAGAGCUUCCCGUGUUUACUUCGCUGCACGCCUCUGUUUGUGCUCUGGGGAAAUUCUUGGCAGAGGAAAAGCCAAUUGGAAAACAGCCCUGCUUGGUGUCAGGGCUUGAGGUUGAGGGAGAAAGACUGAAACGGAGAUUUGCAUGAACUGGUUUGCGCAUGUCACAAGACUUUGUCUUUAAAAAAAAAAAAAAAUUGGCCUGGUGUGGUAGCUCACUCCUGUAAUCCCAGCACUUUGGGAGGCUGAGGCAGGCGGAUCACGAGGUCGAGAUCGAGACCAUUCUGGCCAACGUGGUGAAACCGCGUCUCUACUAAAAAUACAAAAAUUAGCUGGGUGGGGUGGUGUACGCCUGUAGUCCCAGCUACUGGAGGCUGAGGUGGGAGAAUGGCUUGAACCCAAGAGGCAGAGGUUGCAGUGAGCCGAGAUCGUGCCACUGCACUCCAGCCUGGGUGGCAGAGCGAGACUGGUCUCAAAAAAUAAAAAAAAUUUUUUUUUGUUCCAGUCUAUUCUGGUGGCUUAGAGGAGGGAAGAUGGGAAAUAUUGGGUUUAAUAGAGUAAAAUCCAUCAGGUUGAGGGCUUUGAAGCACCUGGGAACAUCCAUAAGUCACUACUGAGCACCAGCUGUAUACAGUUAUUGAGCAUGUAUUGUCUCCCAGGCACAUGGUCCUCACAACAAUCUUUUCACAGAGCUAGGAUUUGAACCCACAGUCUCUCUGGCUUCAGAACCCUAGCUUUUCCUGCUAUACUCUGCCUUACAGAGGAAGGGAACUUUUGUACUGGGUUUUGAAGGGUGAAUAGGAGUUCAAUGAAGAAGCAGCACAUUCUGUGCUAAACUUGGCUUCCUGAUCCUCCUAGAAUUGGCCAGAAGCCAAUAUCUGGAGGCCAAAAUUGGGUCACUGGGGUGACCAACUCAUCACAGGGCCCUGGAUUAUCUCUGCAAAAGCCCACCUGCUACUGGUUAGCCAGGACCAUCACAGCGUGCCCAGGUAACCCUACGUUUCACCCCAAAGCAGAAUUUUACACCAGAGCCUGGACACCAGUUGAAUUUUCUUUAACUCAUUUCUGUCAAUGGUUACCUCCAAAAAUGCUCCCUUGUGUCUUUAUGCUGGGCUUCUUUCUCUAGAUACUUCCAUUUCUUGGUUUGGAUGAAAAUCAAAUGAGGUAAUUAAUGCUUGUGACAUGUAAAGUGUAGUGCAUGGCACAUGGUAACCUCUUUAGUUUUAGCCAGUUGUUUUUUUGUUUGUUUGUUUGUCUUUGAGACAGAGUCUCACUCUGUCACCCAGGCUGGAGUGCAG